AUGUCACGUGACCAAGGUUACCACGGAGACGCAGCAAUUUCUGAUAUGCGAGAAUAUGCUGAAAAUCUAAAGCAUUUUUACACAGGUUCGGAAACUUUCUUUCAUCAGGUGCGGAUCCAGACCCAAGACUUCAAGAACCCGCGCUACCGAGGAACUUGGCAUUGUCUCAGCGAAACCGUCAAAAAAGAAUCGGUGCCAGGUAUAGCAUCAUACUUCCUGAUCUACGAGUACCUAACUCGUUCCUGGGCCUCGAGUGACAACAGUAUAUCACCUCUGGCAGUGCUCGCUGGUGGUGGCUUUGCUGGAGCAUUGUCCUGGGUUGUCAGUUAUCCCAUGGACGUUGUCAAGUCAAGACUACAGGCUGACGGGGUUGGUGGCAUCAACAAAUACAAAGGAAUCAUGCACUGUACUAAAGCUAGCAUUGCUGAAGAAGGCCUGGGAGUCAUGUUCCGGGGCCUGAACUCUUCUCUCCUCCGUGCCUUCCCUACCAACGCUGCCACCUUCGCCGUCGUCACCUGGACACUGCAGCUGUGUCGUACUAAGGACCAUCACAGUGACAUGAGGCAAUCCUGGAGAGAGGUACUGGCUGGAGGCGAGGCACUAGUCAAGGCAGCGGGUGUUCCCUCUUCACAAGAACUUAUAUUAACUUAUCAAAGCCAGUCACAAACCCCAGCGUCCAUGCUCGCCCAGGUUAUAGCGGCCUCUAACGUGAGAACCAUCCUGGAUGAGAAAGUUGAGAGCGCGGAAAACGAAGUUCACACACACUGUACAUGUGCUGAGGAUAAGAGUAUACCUUUCUUCAUCAAGGGAAGAAUACCGGAAUUGUUUGGUUCAGUGUGUAGACAGGAAGGUAACGAGACGCUCGCGCACACUGCCAACUGGUCAAGACGAGGUGACAUUCUCUCAUGCACUGCUCUCUGGGCGCUCACCAAACACCAACACAAUCUUAGUAUAGUGUUAUAGUUCUAAAUUUCUGAUCCCAUGAUCAACACACUCCUCAGUCUUUUAAGUUUAAAUACUUCAUUUUAGAGGUAAAUAGCUACCACUACCACUGUCUAAUAGUGACUAGCUUCUCGGUUGCGAGGAUCAUAGCUAAUGACAAAACAGUUCUGUCUUCCGGCAGUGCUAUGUGUGUGU